UUCAUACAGGAAAUAUAUUGUUUUUAACAAAAAACUUAAAUAAUCUUAAUAGGAAAUCGUUAUUUAUAUCAGAUAUGGGAUUAUGUGAAAAUGUGAAUAAUACAAGUGAGGAAAAAACUUAUGGAGUUAUUCCUUAUAUGGCACCUGAAGUAUUAAGAGGAAUGCCAUAUACUAAAGCAGCAGAUAUAUAUAGCUUUGGUAUGAUUAUGUAUUUCACAGCAACUGGAAAACAACCUUUUGACAAUUGUGCACAUGACCAUCAUCUAACAUUAGCGAUAUGUGAUGGAAUAAGACCUGAAAUAAAUGAGCUGGAAAUACCAAAAUGUUAUAUUGACUUGAUGAAAAGAUGUUGGGAUUCAAAUCCAAAUAAUAGACCAAGUGUUACUGAAAUAAAUGUUGGGAUUAAGUCAUUUUAUAAUUUUUAUAACUCAUAUAAAAAAGGUGAUUCAAAUGCAACUGAGAUUAGAAAGCAAUUUAAAGAAGCAGAAAUUUACAGAAAAUCACUCCCUUCCCUCAAGAAAAACAAACAACAUCCAGAAGCUAUUUAUACAUCUCGAUUACUUGAUCCUUUUACAAAGGAUCUUCCUAAGUAUGAUAAUUCUGAAUGUAUAAGUUGUGCAAUCAUUGCUGAUUGAUUAUGUCCAUUCAGAUUAAAUCUUUAUUUAACAAUAAUAUAGUAUUUAGCUUUCAAAUAUUUUUAUAAUAUCGAAUCUAUCAAUUAGAUUCUCCAAGCUUUUUGAUAUCUUACUAAUAUAAAAUUUAAAAUGCAGAAGGCUAACUAAUUGUUGUCUUCCAUAAAGUUUAUUUAAUAUCAUGCACUGAUGCUUGUCUUUU